AUGAAGAUAGUAUUGAGCUGUGCGGAUGGUUCUGGAGAAGACUAUAAACUGCUACCCAGUGGUCCAGCUUCAUUGCCAGAUGAGCAGGUGCCUAUAUCACACAACGACGACAAUGUUUACUGGAAGGAGUUAUUGAUGAUUGUGUAUGUCUGGGUGGCUUUUCUUAUUGUUCAGAUUGUUAAGUCUCCGUUACGCUCUUUGAAGCCAAAUUCUUAUGCAAAGGACCAGGGUGAUUGCGUCCAAAGGAAAGGAAAUCACAAACUGGAAGUUGCAUCAGAUUUUUCCGUACUGCAGCUGUGGGAUAGUAGCUGGUAUAGUUCAACGCAAGACAAAAUUCACUCUAUUCUUUUUGUCAGUCAGAAAAUCUUGUCAAGAAAUCCUUGGCAAGGAAAAAUCACUGAAGAGGUUUGGAUUCAAAAUUCCUUGAUCAUUGGUUUUGAUCCCAAGUCUUCCACUGCCAUUUCCAAGUGUUAG